UCUUGCCACUGACUGAUCAAAGUUAGUUGCCUACGAGCAGUGAUGUGUAUUAGACUGUCGAAGGACAAGUGUAUUUAGAAUACGGGGUACGAGCAAACAUUUACGGAAUCGGGAUUGUUUGGGGAAGGAGAACGGUUUGCUCUGGACCAGUGCGGAUGAUCCACAAAGGAUAAGCGCGUAUACUUGUGCUCUAGCUUUUGUGUAUCUUGAACAAAUUCACGGUGCAGUGAGUGUUAAACUGGGACAUUUUUGGCUGCGAAAAGAAGCUGAAAUAUUCGCGUUGGCGAGAAUGUUGUUAAAGGGAAGAGUGUACGUUUAUAUAUGUCCCUUCUAAGCGAGAGGAAAUUUUACAAGAUGUGAUAAGCGUAAAGCGAAGGAAAAAUAUAACUUUUCUGAGCAAUGAGGAUUGCGCUGGAACGGUCCUCCAGUCCUAGACUGUCAAAAGAAAAUGACAAUCAUAUUUUUGUGGUAAAAUUGUAGCCUCGAGGAUAUCCGUGUGUGGAGAAAGCAAAAGUUGGAUAAAUGCCACCUUGAAAUCAGAAAUACAUCUGUACGCUAGCUGUGGUUGGUACGGUGCUAUUGCUAAAAAUUGUAAUUACUUUAAAAAAGUUAACGGGAAUAUUGUGUAGUAACAUGUGUAGCAAUGUUACACCGUCGUUGUGUCCACCAGUGGAUGCUGAAUGCCGGAGCAAAAUAUACAAUGUGGAAGUUCGCUAUAGUAUAAUUUUCUGGUAAUUGUGUUAAUCCAGGUUAAUGCAUUAAUAGUGUGACCCAAUAAUCAAAAUAAGAAAGUUCCGGAGGAAUCCCAAUCUGUUGCAUUGCCGUUAUUUAUUCCCUACAGUUCACCUUUUGUUACUUCUGUUGAGCAUUUUUGUUUAUUGGAAAUAAAUUCGACGAAACAUGGCCGCGAAGAUAAUUGGUCGAAUGGCAUUACUUUUAGUCGCGGCCACAGUGAUAGGCUUCAGCCGUCUGUCUGGAAUCCAUUCGGCUAUGCUUGGAGGGCUGGUAGCUCCAAUAGAAGUAAUUGAGGAAUGGGGAUGCUAUAGUACCGAAAUUCGGCUAACCUGUGGAGAUCUCGAAUCCAAGCUGGCGAUUUUGGAGGCAAAAUUUACGCCUCGAUGCAGGGAGGAACGAUCCGAGGAUUGUGUUUAUGUGGAUGAAAACAGUGUAGCACAUUCAUUCUCCUCGCGAAAGAUCGACAAGCUGGCUCUCGAGGAGAAGGAAGCUGGCCAACGGUUCCUGCAGACAUUGAGGCGAAAUCACGAACACAAACGAUCCCGCGAGGAAACAAGCCCCUCGGUUGGUGCGGUUCACGAGGCUGGCUCGGCGGAACCAGUAAAUGUGCGUACCGUAAAGGACAAGCGCAGUUCGUUGCGGACCAAGCUGGAGCACCUGAUAGUUAGGUACUUGCGGCGGUUUACCAGCAGCGGCGAGGAUGAAGAGACUGACGAGAGCGGUGGGCAUGAGUCCUCCUCAUCGCGCUACCGCCGUCAGGUGUCGAUUGAUGGCAAUGGCAGUGUCAUAGAUAGUGUCGGUGGUGAUAACUUAACGGACGUGUACGGAAAUAAAGCGUUAGAGAGCUCGGUGGAAAUAACACUGUUAACCAAUAAUGAUACAGAUAGUGGGAACGGUAGUGUUGUGGAAGAUUCGCGAGUGCUUAGUGCGUUACCCAUAAUUGGAACGGAUGUUGUGGAUAGUGUCGACGUGCUCGCUAGCACUGUCGUUGCAAAUGCCGAGGAUAAAAUGUCGAAAUUUACCGAUGACAGUGAUGAGAGUGAAAACUCGCCAGUGAACGACCGGCUGCAUCAUAGGAUGCAUGAAUGCGGCAGCAUGCGAAAGCGCAUUACCCAGUUGGAUAAAUUUGAAAUACAGAAAUCGAUGCAAAAUGAUUCAUUCCACGAGUAUAACAUACGUAAUGCACUCAAUUACAGAUGCUCUGGAAAGAAUCAUUGCAGCUUUGUGUUCUCACAGGACCAUCCGUUUGCCGUUGUAUGGCGAGAAGGAACAAUACGCGUGAAGUAUAUCUGUAUGGAUGACUUUCGCAUCAGCAAGUACUGCGAUGAACACUUAAUUAUCGGUAACGAGGACCAAUGGGAACGACGCCGUGGCAACAGCCACAAAUCCAACAGUGAGCGUGCCGUUUCUGGCGCGGAAGCGAUGCCGGUGAAUGGUGAUAGUACCGCAAAAGGCGGUAGCCUACAGGAGGACUCUGGCGCCGGUAAUGCCAACGACCGACCGGUUGGAUUUACUGAGGAUCGGGAAAGUCAAUGGAGCUACAAUGAUAAUGGAGACUAUGACGACGAGGACGACAAUGAGGAAAGCGAGUACAAUGCAGGGUACGGGAGCAGCCCGAGGGGUGAACCUCGGGCGGAAGCACUGCAGCAGGGACAGCAGCAAAUCCUGCAAAUGCAUUCGUUCCAUAAUCUAAAAAUCCUGAAAGCGUUACCUGGUGAGGAAGCACCGCUUAAUGAGACGGAAAAACAACGGAAACUUGACGCGGAUACUGCUAAUCGGCAACGGCAACGGCAACGGCAAAAAGUUUUCUCCCAGGACUUUCGCGUGCUGAAAAUACUUCCCAGCGAUCUGGACGAAGUGGAAGACAUAAAACAAGUCGGCAAUGAGUACUAUUUUAAAAAAGACAUCGAAGUGAUUGAUGACUCGGAGAACGAAAUCAUCCCUGGUCGCUCUAGGAACGACAGCGCACAGUUUUCGGAAACGCUGGACAUCGUGGUCCUUCCACAGCCCGCCAAGGAUGUCGACGUGUACGAGAGCAAUCUAGACCCGUCCUUAACGAUAGCCGAUAACGUUGGUAAAACCACUGUAAAUAUGAUAGAAUUGAUUUCCCCAACCAUAGGUACGGGGUCAGUGAGCACUACUAGUCAAAAGCAAACAUAUCUAGAUGUAAGUGUACAUUCAACUGCAGUCACAGUUACCGGCAUGGUGAAUGAGGGUCGUGCCACUUUGAAGACAGGAUCGGGGCCUUCCACGCCUCUGACCACUAUGAUGAUGGCCGGUGGUGUGGAAGGCAAAAAGAGUACAGUAAAAUAUCCGGAUGUAGGGUCGAAUGAAAUCGAAGGUAUCGUCAGAUUUUCAAACAAAAGCGAGGACGAAGAUGGAUUUAACUUCAACAACAGAACAUUUAAAAAGAUGCAAGAUGCUGUUUUAAAGGAAAUCAGUGAAAAAGAACCGGCAGGUAGCAACGGUUAUCCAGUGAACUAUGACUUUAAUGAUGGCGAUGAUGAGGAGGAGGACAAUGAUGACAAUGACGAUGACGAUUAUGACGAAUCGGAUAAGAGAAGCCACAGGAAAUAUAUCAGCAUUCAGCGAACGCUGCUCAAGAACCCAUUGAGACAAGGCUUUUUGAUGACCCCCGGCUAUCCCAAGUACUACAUCGGGGACAGCGUCUGCCGGUGGACACUGUAUGCUAGGCAACAGCAGAAAAUUAAGUUAACUAUUUUAGAUUUAGCAUUACGGAUUGAUGAACCGUGUAGGGAUUACAUUGAAAUUAGGGACCUGAACACAAAUCAAACCCUGUUCAGCAGUUGUUCAGAAAGCACUCGUCCGAUUGAGGUCAUCAGUCUACAAGAGCGGCUGGAAGUUAAUGUGCGAACCACAACCAAAGUCGCCUAUCCAAAACGAGGUGUGCUGAUACACUAUUCAGCACUCGGCUGUGAGUUGCCGACACCGACACCGCCGCAUAUGACGCUGGUCCGUCGAAGCGAGCGUCGCGUGAAGUACGUCUGUGAUCCUUUAUACGUGUUCCCCGACACAGCUGAACCCAGUCGCGAGCUAGUCUGCACCAGCAAGCAAACGUGGAAUCGACCGUUACCAGCUUGCGUAGAAAAACGUGCCACCGAAGGCAGUGGACUAGUAUCUCAUUACGAGCAAAAACGUAAGGCCAGCGAUUCCGACAUGUCUGACAAACAAGCGGAUACUGUUUACGAUAUUUUGAUUCCGUCGAUGGUAAUCGCUGCCCUGUUUAUUGUUAACGGCAUCGUCUUCGCAGUCAUAAUGCGCUACAGAAACAAAAGAAAACAACGCCUUGAACUAGACAGUAAGGAACUAGCCGAAUUGUAAAGUCCUUGUUUCUUGGGAAAAUAAAACGAAAUAGAAAAGCAAUCGAGCAACCACGAAAAGCAUGCAAAAAUACUCAGCAGAAAUAAUACACCUUACAAAUAUGAGGCCAUUACCAAACAAGAGAAAGUAACCAACACCACCGUUGCCAGAAUGCCAUAAUACCUUGAAAAAGAAGCUGCCGUGCCAUCCACCCGCACAUUACAAUCGCAAUUUGCUACAUUGAUAGAGUGAAAUAGCAAGACAUGUACGUCCCAACUCGCUGUUCGUGCUUAUACAUUUUGCAGCCGCUUAUUUGUAACAUAAUACAAAUGAUGCUUUUUCAAGGCCAAGGAUUAAGCCAUUCUUAUCUCGAUCCAAAGAGUAGUUCGCAAAAGCUCAGUCAAAAGAUUCUGACGUUCCCUGAAAGAUUAAAACAUACCCACAUAGUCAUAUCAUCAACUCAUCACUAUCAUCACGGUCGACGAAGCGUUAUCACCAGGGAUGAGAAAACCUAAACAUUAUCAUCGCCUGUUAGGCAUUGUCACAGUUCAAUUAUUGUAUUGUCUGAUUGUCUCAAAGAUGGAUUUAGUGACAAGUUAAGAGGCAAUCAUUCAGUUCAAGAGCACGGAGUAUGAUCUCUGUAUAAAGUGAAAAUUAUAGAUCAAUAAAUUAGAAACUAAACCAAAAGAGUAGUAUCUCUAUACACACACACAUACCAAAAUGGUAAAUAUUUUGCACGCUGUAAAGUCAUAUACAAAAAGAAAAAAAACCUUAUAAUAUUGAAACAGAAGCUAAUCGAAAAAAUUUAACAUAUAUUUAUACAUAUGAAAAGCCGCUGCAAUUUUUCGAAAACUUGUUUUCCAACACGUCCUAGUUCACACAAAUCUACAAACAUUUCGUUUUUUUUCCUCUAGGGGAAUAUCAAAAAUUGGAAACUAGUUACAAACGUUUAGGUCAAAGACAAGCAAAUAUUUUCUAAAUUUUUACAAACACGUAUAAAACAACAUCGAUAAAAAAUUACGAUAGCAUACGCUUUUGCUUAUUAUAUGCAACCAUUUACACGCGAGGAUGGCCAAAACGAACGGUGUACCAUUUGUAUGUGUUUCUUUUUCGUUUGUGUGGAUAGUCGGAUUGGUUUCACAACAAAACUAAUAUCAGAGGGUACAGGUAUUUGCGGAGAAGUUUUUUUAACCACUUUGUAGCUCAGAGACUAAUUGAAAGCAACAGCCAAAGAUUAGAUGUUAUCGAAUGCGCCUACACAGCUUUUAGGAGGAAAAUGUGGGUAGGAAAAAAACGUACUGCGUGCUUUAUUCGCUAUAUAUUAUAGGAUACUUGUUGAACUGAGAAAGUAAAAAAAACUGAUAAGGAUAAAGAGCGAAACUUUAAGCAUUUCCGCGGCCAAGCGAUUUGUGAUCGAAUAUAAACAUUGCAAACUGAUGAUGGGAUAGGCUUAUUUUGAUUAUUUAGUGAGCCCCAAUGCGUACACAGUAGCGCAAAACUAAAGAGGAAAAAUACACAAAUAACACAACUAAGUACGUAAUAGUGCAGCCUACAUGUCGUAACGUUCGUAUCUAGAUUUAUUUGGAGAUGUAUCAUUUGACUGUUUCAAGAUCCCGAGCAAUUAAUGAGGACGGCUUCUUUCAUGAUUUUUGGGAAACUUACAUACUAUUAUUUUUCAAACUACAAUAUUGUACUUCCAAGAUGAAAUAAAAUGAAUUGAAAAUA